AUGCGGCCUCCGCUUCCCCUCCUCCCGCCGCACCUCCUCCGCCGCCUCGACGGCCGCACCCUCUCCACGCCGCUGCUCGACCCCCUCAUCCGCACCACCUCUUCCUCGCCCUCCACCCCGCACCACUCCUUCUCCCUCUACCUCCUCCUCCUCCGCUCCGCGCUGCGGCCCUCCCACCUCACCUUCCCCUUCCUUGGCCGCGCCGCCGCUCGCCUCGCCUCCCCGCGCCUCGCCCUCUCGCUCCACGCGCACCCGCUCCGGCUCGGGCUCCUCCCCUGGGACAUCUAUGUCGCGAAUUCACUCGUCCACAUGUACGCGGCCUGCGCGCUCCCCGACCUCGCCCGCCGCCUAUUCGACGAAAUACCGCGGCCGAACCUUGUUUCCUGGAAUGCCCUUCUCGAUGGCUACGCCAAGUGCCACGACCUCCUCUCCGCCCGCUGCGUGUUCGACCGGAUGCCCCAGCGGGACGUGGUCUCCUGGAGCGCCAUGAUCGACGGGUGCGUCAAGUGCGGGGAGCAUCGUGAGGCGCUGGCGUUGUUUGAGAUGAUGGAGACCACGGGGGCUGGCAAUGGUGUUAGAGCGAAUGAUGUCACAAUGGUCAGUGUGAUAGGCGCGUGUGCUCAUCUGGGGGACCUUGGGCGGGGAAGGCAGAUGCAUCGGUACCUUCAGGAGCGUGGCUUCCUGCUGAACCUCAGGCUCGCCACCUCUCUUGUGGACAUGUAUGCCAAGUGCGGGGCAAUCAGCGAGGCGCUUGAGGUGUUUCGGGUCGUGCCAGUGACCAGCACCGAUGUUCUGAUAUGGAACGCUGUGAUUGGUGGACUUGCAGUGCAUGGGUUGAGCAUGGAGUCGGUGGAGAUUUUCCAGGAGAUGCAACAUUCUGGUGUUGUCCCAGAUGAGAUCACAUACCUUGGUUUGUUAAGUGCUUGCGUACAUGGUGGUCUAGUGGGUGAGGCCUGGAGGUUAUUUCACUCACUUGAAGCUCAAGGGCUCAGACCACAUGUUGAGCACUAUGCUUGUCUUGUAGAUGUGCUUGAUCGAGCGGGCCGCUUGGAGGAAGCAUACGGUGUUGUUAAGAGUAUGCCAAUGGAACCCAAUGUGUCUGUACUUGGUGCUCUCUUGAAUGCAUGCCAUCUGCAUGGAUGGGUAGAGUUGGGGGAGGUAGUCGGCAGGCAGCUUGUUCAAUUGCAGCCAGAUCAUGAUGGCAGGUACAUUGGGUUGUCCAAUAUCUAUGCUAUUGCUAGGCGGUGGCAAGAGGCAAAGAAAGCAAGAAAGGUGAUGGAGGAGAGAGGAGUGAAAAAGAUCCCUGGGUUUAGCGAGAUUGAUGUCGGUGGAAGGCUCCACAGGUUUAUUGCCCAUGACAAGGCUCAUUCUGGCUCAAGAGAGAUAUAUGCGUUGCUUAAUCUUAUAACGGUGGAGAUGAAAAUGAAGGAUGAUGUUGCCAUUCCAGAGUACUUCUUACAUACAGAUAGGACAAUGGGUGCCUAA